UACAUGGAGAGACUACACAGGCUGAAGGACAUGUAUGCUUUUAACCUUGAGAUGAUUUUCUGGGCUACACUUAGUAACUACAAACACAGCAGCCCAAAGCCCGUCAUGCCUGCCGCCACAGAGAAGAACUCCAGGUGCUGGGAAAAAAGACCAGGAAUAUAUCAUCCAGGUGCCAGUGGUGAAUUCACAUGCCAGAGAGUAAGAAGUGAUCUUCUUUUAAAUGUGAUAAUCCACACAUUUGGCAGUACACUACACAUGCAAAAUAAUCUGAUUCUGUCCAAACAGAAGAUGAUUUUGAUCUACAUGAUCAUCACAGCUCCAGCAAUGACCGCUGUGGCACAAGGGUCUUCAGAAUGCAAUCUAACUCAACCUGGGCCCCAGACGUGUUUUGGAGUUUUAGGAGAACCGCUCGUUUUUUACAUACCUAACAAGCCACAUAUAAAGACAAGCUUGAAAACGAGUACAGAUAACAUUUUAACCUUAAAAAAUGAUACAUUAAUUAGUCUCAAUGAAAAAUACAAGAAUCGUACUAUAUUCUUCACAAAUGGAACAUUGAAGCUCAACAAAGCAGCAAAAAAUGACUCUGGAGAGUACAGCAUGGAAACACACAAUUCUACUGAAGGUGUGUUAUUGUACGCAGUUAACAUCCAUCUACAUAUACUAGCUCCUGUGUCAGAACCAGCUGUUACGCAGAUGUGUUUGUCACCAAAACAGAUGACAGUCAGCUGCUCCUCUGAAGGAGAUGAAGUAGAAUUCAUUUUGUCUUUGGAUGAUAAGUUGUUGAUACAGACUAAAGCCAAUGGUAUAGAAAACAACAGCGUUUCAAAUGUUACCAUCAACUUACCUGGUCAGCUGAUGGGAAACCUGACAUGUGUUGCUCAAAACAAUGUCAGCAGAAAACAAAAUAUCAUCCACCUUACAAGCUGUACAGCUCCUGUGUCAAAACCAGCUGUAUCUCAGAUGUGUUUGUCACCAGAACAAAGGAAAGUCAGCUGCUCCUCUGAAGGAGAUGAAAUAGAGUUCAUCUUCUUAUUAGGUGAUAACUUGUUGAUAAAAACCCAACCCAACAUUUCAGAAAACCACAACAUUUCAAAUGUUACAAUCAGCUUACAUGAUCAACUGAUGGGAAAGCUAAUGUGUAUCGUCCAAAACAAUAUAAGCAGAGAAGAAACCAUCAUCCACCUUAUAAGAUGUGCAGGUAAUAUUUCUGACCACUGUGUUGUGACUGUGGCUGUGGUAGGAAGCAUUGCCAUUCUGCUCAUUCUGGUUGUGUUUCUUGGUAUCCGGAAAUUCCAAAAGACUGGCAUUAUGACUGUUAAUGAAGACGAUGCUGAAGAGGAUGUUGUCUACUCAGAUGUUAGACUGAAGCAGGAUGGAAGAGAAACAAGAGAAGCACCACCGAUUUCAAAUCAAGAUGAAAGUUAACGUUGACUUUCGGUCAAGUAGCUAAUAAAACUAUGCCAGGUUAGCAGUUCCAGCUGUGCAGUUAAUGUAAAGGUAAACAUAUUUUACAAGUACUCACUGGAUUACUUUAAUUUUGAAGAUAAUUUUGAAGAAAACAUAAAGGGAUAAAAAAGGUAUUUAGAAGGCAUUUAAUAUAAUGAGAUAUUAAAUUAAAUUAAAUACUUAAUACUUAAUAUACGAACUACAUUUUAUUUGACAUAAUUUAAAUAAACUACAACAACCCUGUAAAAGUUCUAACCAACAUUUUACAUUUAACCUUGGAGAUUGAAUAAAAGGCUUUGGUCAGUGA